UCUGCACAAUGUUUACAUCACUACGUAGCAUUGGAAAUUUUAGGUUAUAUUUUGACAACAGAAAAAUUAUUUGAAAAAUGAGUAAACCCGUUGUUAUUAGUGGAGAAGCGUCUGAAACUGACAGUGAAGAUGAAGUUGUAAUCCCAGUAAUAAAUUCAGCAUUGGGUGUAAAAGGAGAAGUAGUAACAGGAGAAGAUUCAGAAUCAGAGGAUGAAAAUGGGGGCAGUGUCUGUAGUGCGGAGUCUGCCAUGCAUCAAUCCCACACAACAGAUAAUGUAAAGAAUAUUCAAUAUGAUUCACUACUUCAUCAAAAAUUGAGGGAAUGUAAUAUCAAAUUACAUAAUGAUAUAGAAACACACUGUGACAAUUGUAUUGAAGAAGCUUCGAAAACCCUAAAUGUAAUUGAUCAGCAACUUUUGAAAUCACAAGUGACUCUUCAAAACGCCGCCACGUCACUGAAAACGCUGAGUGCUACUUCUGUAACAUUAAAAAACAAAUUACAGUCACUGUUGUCUGCAAAAUUUCUUCCAAAUGUUAAAGUCCAUGAUUAAUUUUUAUUUGCCACUUAUUUUUUAAAUGAAUAUAUACAUGUUGUUAUUCUAUUGUUGACCAAUUUAAAAAUAUAAAUAUACUUAUACAUGGUAUUCUCAAUUUUAAUUAUAAUUGAACUUCUGUAAGUCUAUAAGUUAUAGUCUGAGAAUGUUUAUUAAGUGUUUAAUCAAUAGGACAUUCCAUUUGUAUAUGAUAUCAUAUUUCCGUGUUAUACUUUAAUUUUAUGUUAAUAAACUAUUUUAUUUUU